AAUCGGCUAGGGGUACAUAGUACGUACAACCAUGGCUUCUAUAGUGAUGGUAAAUCGGAGUGUUCUGACCAGUAGUCGAUAUAUAUUUAUGAAAGUACCAAGAGUUAAAUCGUGCAUAAAUCACUGUCGUGUUUUGAAGAUAUUAGAUAUCAUCCACAACGAGCAGAGGGCGAGCAUAAAUAGCACAGGCUGUCUCUAUGGAAGCAAUUUCUCCAGCGUUCCAAAUAUUAUUAGGAGCAAAAGUCCGGAUGUGGAUCUUGUUGACGAUAAAUCCCUUCCAGAAUUUUUGUUCAAGAAAUUUGAUACAUUUGGGACACGAACAGCCAUUGUUGAUGGAAUUACUGGAAACAAAUACUUGUUCUCAGAAAUACAGGAGAAAGCUUGGAAAUUGGGAUCUGCAUUGACUAGACUUGGCUUUAAAAAGAAUUAUGUGUUGGCAAUAAUUUGUCCAAAUGCGAUUGAAUUUCCAAUCAUCUAUCUAUCUGUACUAUCUUUAGGUGGUGUGGUGACCACUUUAUCGCCUUUAGCCACCAUUAAUGAAAUUUCUUAUCAGCUGAAAGCUACAAAUUCCAAAUUUCUUGUGACGGUUUCUGAUCUUGUUGUAAAAGCAAAAGAGGCCGCCAAUCUUACUGGACUAAUGGAGUUGUUAGUUGUUGGGGAAGCAGAAGGCUUUUUAUCAAUCCAGGAGCUUUUUGAAGAUGAUGGAUCAUAUUAUCCUGAUGUAAUUGACAUAUCUCCGAAAGAAGAUGUAGCAAUGUUGCCAUUUUCCAGCGGCACAACAGGGUUGCCAAAAGGUGUCAUGUUAACACAUUUUAACCUGUCUGCAAACAUACAACAAUGCUGCGAUAUGCCAGGAUAUUAUGAAGCAUUUCUUGAUGAAAAAGUGCUUGCUGUCCUACCAUUUUUCCAUAUCUUAGGUUUUAAUCUUAAUUUGGCUGCAUCCUUAUAUGGAGGUGCAACUGUAGUCACUUUGCCCAAGUUUGAACCAAAAUUAUUUUUAGAAACAAUUCAAAAUUACAAGGUGGAGAGAUUGGUGUUGGUCCCUCCAUUGAUUUUGUUUCUUGCCAAAAGUCCUCUGGUUGAUAAGUAUGAUUUGUCAUCAUUGAAAGGUAUCAGCUGUGGUGCUGCGCCUUUAUCUGAAGACUUGGAAUUAGCCUUGGAAAAACGCUUAACUAAUAUUUAUAUCAAACAAGGAUACGGUUUAACAGAAAGUUCUCCCGCAAUUGUGAUAUCUUUUUCGGAUAGGAUCGUUCACGGUUCUUCUGGAGAAGUAUUACCGAACACUGAAUUAAAGGUCACUGAUUUAUAUACAGGAGAAGUUUUGGGUGCAAAUCAAACGGGUGAAAUAUGUUCUAGAGGACCACAGAUAAUGAAAGGGUAUUACAACAAUCCAAAAGCAACCGAAGAAACCAUUGACUCUGAAGGAUGGCUUAGAACUGGCGAUAUAGGAUACUACAAUGACGACGAAGUUGUUUUCGUUGUGGAUCGGUGCAAAGAACUGAUCAAAUACAAGGGUAUGCAGAUUGCACCGGCAGAAUUAGAAGCUCUGCUUGUCUCUCAUCCGAAGAUUGAAGAUGCUGCUGUUGUUGGCAUAGCAGACGAAGAGUGUGGUGAACUACCUAAAGCAUUUAUAGUGGCAAAAGAUUUGAAUGAACAAGAGGUGCAGACUUUUGUGGAAAAGAACGUAGCAGCUUACAAGAAACUUCGUGGUGGUGUAGAAUUUGUUGAUGUUAUUCCUAAGUCAGCAAGCGGGAAGAUUUUGAGAAGAAUGUUGAGAGAUGGUGAUCAAUCAGCGUACCUAAAAACCAUGGCUUCUGUAAUACUGAUUAGUAGUCGAUAUGUAUUUACGAAAGUACCUAGAGUGACAUCCUGCAUAAGUCACUGUCGUAUUUUGAAGGUACUAGAUACCAUUUACAACGAGCAGAGGGCGAGCAUAAAUAGCACAGGCUGUCUCUAUGGAAGCAAUUUCUCCAGCGUUCCAAAUAUUAUUAGGAGCAAAAGUCCGGAUGUGGAUCUUGUUGACGAUAAAUCCCUUCCAGAAUUUUUGUUCAAGAAAUUUGAUACAUUUGGGACACGAACAGCCAUUGUUGAUGGAAUUACUGGAAACAAAUACUUGUUCUCAGAAAUACAGGAGAAAGCUUUGAAAUUGGGAUCUGCAUUGACUAGACUUGGCUUUAAAAAGAAUGAUGUGUUGGCCACAUGUUGUCCAAAUGUGAUUGAAUUUCCAAUCAUCUAUCUAUCUGUACUAUCUUUAGGUGGUGUGGUGACUACCUUAUCACCUUUAGCCACCGUUAAUGAAAUUUCUCAUCAGCUAAAAGCUACAAAUUCCAAAUUUCUUGUGACGGUUCCUGAUCUUGUUGUAAAAGCAAAAGAGGCCGCCAAUCUUACUGGAUUAAUGGAGUUGUUAGUUGUUGGGGAAGCAGAAGGCGUUUUAUCAAUCCAGGAGCUUUUUGAAGAUGAUGGAUCAUAUUAUCCUGAUGUAAUUGACAUAUCUCCAAAAGAAGAUGUAGCAAUGUUACCAUUUUCCAGCGGCACAACAGGGCUGCCAAAAGGUGUCAUGUUAACACAUUUCAACCUGUCCGCAAACAUACAACAAGGCUGCAAUAUGCCAGGAUAUUAUGAAGCAUUUCUUGAUGAAAAAGUGCUUGCUGUCCUACCAUUUUUCCAUAUCUUUGGUUUCAAUAUAAAUUUGGGUGCAUCUUUGUAUGGAGGUGCAACUGUAGUCACUUUGCCAAGGUUUGAAGCAGAAUUAUUUUUAGAAACAAUUCAAAAUUACAAGGUGGAGAGAUUGGUGUUGGUCCCUCCAUUAGUUUUGUUUCUUGCCAAAAGUCCUCUGGUUGAUAAGUAUGAUUUGUCAUCUGUGAAAUCUAUUUUGUGUGGUGCUGCACCUCUAUCUAAAGACUUGCAAUUUGCUUUGGAAAGGCGCUUAACUAAUAUUUAUAUCAAACAAGGAUAUGGUUUAACUGAAAGUUCUCCCGGAAUCGUAAUGUCUUUUUCGGGUCGGAUAGUUCAUGGCUCUUCAGGAGAAAUAUUCCCGAACACUGAAUUAAAGGUGAUUGAUUUGGAUACUGAAGAAGUUUUGGGUGCAAAUCAAACGGGUGAAAUAUGUGCUAGAGGACCGCAGAUAAUGAAAGGGUAUUACAACAAUCCAAAAGCAACCGAAGAAACCAUUGACUCUGAAGGAUGGCUUCGAACUGGCGAUAUAGGAUACUACAAUGACGACGAAGUUGUUUUCGUUGUGGAUCGAUGCAAAGAACUGAUCAAAUACAAGGGUAUGCAGGUUGCACCGGCCGAAUUAGAAGCUCUGCUUAUCUCUCAUCCGAAGAUUGAAGAUGCUGCUGUUAUUGGCAUAGCAGACGAAGAGUGUGGUGAACUACCUAAAGCAUUUAUAGUGGCAAAAGAUUUGAAUGAACAAGAGGUGCAGACUUUUGUGGAAGAGAACGUAGCGGCUUACAAGAAACUUCGUGGUGGUGUAGAAUUUGUUGAUGUUAUUCCUAAGUCAGCAAGCGGGAAAAUUUUGAGAAGGAUGUUGAGAGAUGGUGAUCAAACAACAACGUAAUCUUUGAUUUAGCUACUCGCAAAGCGAAUAAGUCAAUAGGAUAUUUAAUCAAUUUUAGUAUUUUUAUAUUCUGAAAGAAUAAUUAAUUUCUUAUUCAAUAUUUAUUCACGUGACGUACGUACGAUAGGGAAAAAGAAACACAAUGAAUGUAAUCGACGGAAUACAUAUAGGAAAUUACGAAAGAAACUCAUUCAAUGUCAAUUUUAAUGUAAGUUAUACUAGAUUGAAAAAGGGACGAAUUUUCUUUUGAGUACAUGUACUUUUACAAUAUUACUUUCUAUGUUUACAGCCAAAA